AUGGCAUUAAAUACAUUAUUAACAGGAUUAGACCCACGUUUAGGACAUAUUCGUGCUAGUAAUCCAAAAGACAUUAUCGAAGCUCAAAUUCGUAUUCGAAGAGAGUUACAACUUUCUUAUUUUGAAAAUCAGAAACAAAAUAAAUUGAAUACAGUUAGAUUUCCACAAAAUCGACCUAUUAAAAGACCAAAUUUGCCACCACCAAAGUGUACAUCUUCCGGACGUUUAGGACAUUUAUCCAGAGACGAUUUAUGUCGUGCAAGACAAAUGAAUAAUAAUAAUUAUACUCAUUUUAACCCACAAAAUACCAACAAUUUUCAAAGACAACCUCAACAUUUUACACAAAGUCAAAAUGUUAAUCAAAGACCAUAUUUUCAACAAAAUAAUUCAAACAAUCAACAACGCCCUUCAGUAAUUCAACAACGCCCUUCAGUAAUUCAAAGAAAUCCUAAUUUUAAUAAUAAUAAUCACAGAGCACAUUUUAUAAAUCAAGAUUAUUCAACUUAUGAUUAUUCAAAUGAAUAUUCAAACAAUUAUUCUGAUAAUUACUCAAAUAAUUAUUCUGAAAAUUAUUCUGAUAAUUUUUCAAAUGAUUACUUUUAUGAUAAUUCUCCAAAUUCUCAAGAUUAUUCAAAUUAUUACUCUGAGCAAGAAUAUGAUGACUAUCAAAACUACGAUAAUGCUCAACAGCAAAAUUUUCAUUUGCGUUCCGACCAAAACCAUCCUCCGGAUACACAGAAAACGGACACAAACGAAAUUCAAACGAAUUUUCAAACUUUGAAUUUAAACCAUACGAAUCAAUCCCAAGAACAGAAAUUUACUUAA